AUGGACGCCGCAAGUAUCGCACUAGCGGAAGGUCUUGGGCCAAAUGAGCCCAGAUCGUAUAGAGCCUUAUCAAAAUGCCACAGGGUCGCUUGCACAACCCUAUGGAACCGCGCACAUAGACAACCCUUAAAGGAAGACAAAGCCAAAGGCCAACAGUAUCUCACCCCUAUGGAAGAGAAAGCCCUUACUAAAUACUCGAUACAUAUGUCUACUAUAGGAUACCCUGUUCGAAUCAAGUAUAUCCCCUCACUUGCAUUCGUUAUUGCACGUCAACGCACCACAAAUACAAAAAUCAAGCCUCCAAGUACGAGUUGGAUCGAGGCCUUCAAGCGACGUAAUCCA